AUUUGCAAGAAACAAAUCGAGUACCUACAUAACAAGAAUUAUGAAUUGAUUUAAUAUUUAAUCAAUACGAAUUCAUUUCAGAUUCGUCUUCAUUUGAAAAAAUAUUAAACAAUGACAUCCUUACUUAUCAAUGCUCUUAAAAGAAUUCACAUAUCUUUGCCAUCUCAAAUCGGAUCAAGUUAUUUCGCGACAUCGGCCAUAAAUUCAAAUUCUUUAAGUAUUAUAAAGAAGGAUUGGAAAUAUCCUCCUCAGUAUACCAAACCACGAGAGGUAUGGAUUGAAAAUUUAGAUUCUGUAGAAGAAAAGAAACUGGGACUGUUUGAACUGCAUCCAUUGGUAUAUGCAGCGACUCCGCGAAUCGAUAUCAUUCACCGCAAUAUAAUAUGGCAAAGAAAAUAUAGAUGGGUAUCGUGGGCCCACACCAAAACUCGUGCAGAAGUAAGAGGAGGAGGAAGAAAGCCAUGGCCUCAGAAGGGUUUAGGUCGAGCUCGUCAUGGGUCGAUAAGAUCUCCACUGUUCCGUGGCGGUGGUGUCGCCCACGGGCCGCGAUCGGGAAAAACUCACUUUUUCAUGCUUCCAUUUCAUGUUCGUAUACAAGGACUGACGUCAACCCUAUCAGCUAAAUUAGCACAGGAUGACUUACAUGUUGUUAAAGAUUUAGAGCUACCAACAGAUGAACCAGACUUUCUUAGAGAAUUAAUUGAAUCAAGGAAUUGGGGUCCAUCUGUACUCAUUGUUGAUGAUACUGAUUAUGCGCCAAGAAAUAUAACAGUUGCAACAGACACCCUCUCACAUGUAAACAUCAUGCCCGUUUAUGGCCUAAAUGUUUAUUCUAUGUUAAAACAUGACACAUUAAUACUAACACGAGCCGCGGCAGAGAAGAUAGAAGAAAGAAUACUUCACCAUCUACAUUCUGACUGUAGAAGCCGAAUAAGUGAAUUCAAAUUAGAUCAGAUUUAAUCAGAUGUUAUAAUAAAAUAGUUUUAGUGGC